AUGGAAAUCAUUACGGAGAGGUUCUAUUCGAACCUUUUCCGUUCAUCAACUCCUGUGUCGAGCCCGGUCAUCCCCACUGGUGAAGCUCCACCACGGAUUCUCCUUUCGGAAGUACGAGUCGAUAUCAAGAGCAUGAAACCCGGCACAGCCCCCGGAUCUGAUUUUAUAUCAGCAGACUUUCUUCGGGCUGGUGGCCAUCCGCUUCAUGUGAUCUUAGCAGCGCACAUGACAUCCUACCUUCAGAAAGAAAGGAUCCCAGACCAGUGGAAGACCUCGCAAACCGUUCUUAUCCACAAGAAAGGUGACCGAGAGGACCUUCGGAACUACCGUCCGAUAUGCUUGCUGAGCGUGUUAUACAAUGUGUUCACCAAGAUCAUCAUCACGCGCAUAUCUAGGACGCUGGAUGAACCCCAGCCUCAAGAAAAAGCUGGAUUCCGUCACGGGUUCAGAUGCUUGUACCACAUCCAGACCUUGUCGAGGGUCAUGGAGGUUUACCGGGAACACCGCCUGCCCCUUGUUCUAACCUUCGUCGACUAUGAGGAAGUCUUCGACAGUGUAGAAACGAAUGCAGUACUGUCAGCACUGGUCGAUCAAGGUGUGGACGCUUCGUAUGUGAGGACUUUAGCCAAUGGCUACGAUCGGUGCACCACGAAGAUACAGCUUUUCCACCACUCCCUCACCAUACCAAUUGGAAAGGGGGUACGACAAGGCGAUACUAUAUCACCGAUGCUGUUCACGGCUGCACUGCAAUGGAUAAUGAAAUCACUAUCUUGGGAAGAAAGGGGCAUACGUGUUGAUGGAAGAUUUCUCUCUAACCUUUGUUUCGUGGGCGACAUCGUUCUCUUUUCGAGCAGUACCAAUGAAAAAUAA